CCCAAGCCCGCAUCGACUUAUCUACAUCUAAAGGGGGGCCAAUCGCGCGUUGAGCGUUUCAACGGGGCCUUGACCCGCCGUCCCGCUGUGGACAGUCUCGCAAAAGCCACACGCACACGGGCUUCAACGCCUUUCCCCGGGACUGAUGUGCUGGAGCAAUGCCCAGCAGCCGAUUUCGUCUGUGCUCAUCCUCAUUGUCCCUGCCAGACUGUCCUUCGGUCGCCCGUUCGUUCACGUCUGGUCAAGGGCUAUCCUAGUCCUUCGGGACCAGAUUUUAGGUUCAAGGCACUCCUGACGAGCCAUCAUCGCCUUAAGCCAACACCUUACAUCCCUCGAAUCUGCUGUUCACAGCUGUCUAGUCAUUCAUUCACCUUGUUUCAAACGCGAACACGCCGUCCGCUUCACGCUUAGCUUGCACCCUUGGGGUUUCGACUCGUGCGUGCGUGCUGUAUAGUGGGAUCUUGCAUAUACCACAAUUUUCUCAUUUUUGAUUCGUACCUGACUAGGUACCGAUCUCAUACCCCGCCAGCACAGAGCACCCAAUUUAAUAAAGUUCAUAUAUGGACUAUAUCGCGUCGCGAUGAGUACUCUUCACCAUUCCGUAUCGCAAUUACAUCUUAACGGGCACGGCCAGCGGGAGCUGGACUCCAAUGGCUCCGGGAGCGAGGAACUGGACAAGAGACUGAUCAUUGGAGUUGACUUUGGAACUACCUACUCAGGGGUGGCGGUUGUGUACAGCGGGCAGCCCGACGACGUGGAUAUCAUAAAGACGUGGCCAGGCGGAAACGGCAUCACCUCCGACAAAGUUCCUUCAGAGAUUGCGUACGUAACGACGCCGACCAGCAACGGCGCAAAUGGUGCCAACGGCACGAACUCUCGCUCACCGUCGCCAAAGGGGACUCAGCAGAUAAAAUGGGGGUUCCAAUUUUCACCAUCAGAGCCGCGGCUGCGAUGCAUAAAGCUGUUUCUGGACCGCGCACAAAGGCUACCGCCUUUUAUCUCUCCCCUUGACACCGCAGCGCAAUUACGACAAUAUGGCAAAACAGUCAUGGAUGCCGUCAGCGAUUAUCUGACCAUGAUCUACAACCACACAUUAGAGACGUUGACGAAGAGAUAUGGUGAACAGUUUAUGAAGACUGUCAAAGUCGAAUGGGUGCUCACGGUUCCCGCUGUGUGGAGCGAUUCGGCUAAGAAUGCAACUUUGCAGGCGGCGGAGCGAGCGGGGAUGGGCAAAGCGAAGAAUCUGAAGCUGAUCUCCGAACCUGAAGCGGCAGCUGUGUACACCCUUAAAGCCAUUCAGCCUAACAAUUUGAAGGUUGGAGACAAUUUUGUAGUUUGCGACGCUGGUGGUGGAACGGUCGACUUGAUUGCUUACAAAAUCACACAGCUCAAUCCGCUGCGCGUGGAAGAGUCGGCAGUUGGAACAGGCGGUCUCUGCGGCUCCGCCUUCCUAAAUUACCGCUUCGAAGAUCACGUACGGAAACGGAUAGGCGAGGAGCGGUAUCUGAACAUGCGCGAGAAGAAAGCGAAAACAUGGAACAUGGGACUGAAAUACUUCGAAGAGUUUGUGAAGCGCAACUUCAAUGAUGAAGACGUGGAUCAGGAAAUCAACGUGCCUUUCCCUGGUUUGCCUGACGACGAGGCUGCUGGUCUCGAUUCUGGCUUCUUGAGCAUGAACACAGAGCAGGUCAAGGAGAUUCUGGAGCCUGUUGUGAAAGAGGUGAUUGAGCUUGUGCAGGGACAGGUAGACACAAUUAGGAGCAAAGCCGGAAAAGUGUCGGGAAUCGUUCUUGUUGGUGGUUUUGGGCAGAGCAACUACAUGUACAAAUGCAUGAAGUCACAUUUCAAUAAGGCUCCGCCUCCGCCCUACACAGAAAGACCAACCCACAGAAUCGCCAAUGUCUCCGAUGAAGAUGAGGGCAGUAUUGAGGUUAUGCAUCCGAUGUAUGCGUGGACCGCUGUCGUUCGAGGCGCCGUGAUUAGAGGGCUCGAGGGCGAAAUGGUUAUCUCGCGUAAAUCUAGAUGCCACUAUGGAACGAGCUAUGCAACCGUUUUCGACGAAAACAAGCACCCACUUAAAGAUAGAUACUGGUCACCGCUGUGGGAGCGCUGGAUGGUCUCGGAUCGCAUGCAAUGGCACAUCGCGAAAGGCGAGCCGUUGUCACCUAAUCACCCCGUCUCAUUUCAUUAUACGAGGAAUUUUAGGCCAGGGCAAAGUCUUGUUGUGGAGGAUGAUCUGAUUGCUUGUCUCGCUGAUGAUCCGCCGGACAGUUUCUCAAAAACGAACAAAGAUCUGCUACAUGUUUGCACGUUGACAACCGAUUUGAGUGCAGUACCGAAGAGUCUGUUCACCAGGCUGACCACAACAAAAGGAGUUGAGUUCGAUAAUCUAGAUUUUUCGCUGGACAUGAGGGUCAUGUCUGCGGGAUUGGUAUUUGAACUUCGGGUAGAAGGUGUUCGAUACGGCUCUGUAGAAGCAAAGUUCCACUAGCAUACUGAUCGUUGUAUUGUAUGCUGACCAUUGCUUCUCUGGCGUUAUGGGUGGUCAAAGUGAAAUCUCUUAUAUACGGGUCUGAGCGUCUUAAGCGUGGAAUUUUGUUUGGUUAUUUAAAAAGAAACAAGCGAAAUGUGUGUACCAUCACAUCUGCACGCGACGCGAUUGGGAAAAUCUUCGCGCCAUAUACCUCCUGCAAUACGGAAAUGAUAUAUUCUUCUCCCCAUGAGCUGACCACUGGAUUCUCCUUCCAUAAGCAACUCCAGCGCGGCUUUUCUUUUCUUGGAUCGUCGACAAGUUUCAAGACACCCAGAAGUGCGCUCGAUUUCAGCCCCACAACAUCACGGCAACCUAGCCAAAAGUCUUGCCUCGGAUUUUCUUUUCCCUCCCUUGCUAGUCGCGCGUUGAGUUGCCGUUCCAACGUGAUCGCUCUCACGCCAGCAACGUCUUUGUCGAAGAUGCUGAGCAUACCCAGCUCAACUCGCCACUGGACUUCCGACUCACCGGUUUCACCUACUACGUGCUUUGCUCGCUCCUCCGGACGAUACAGACAACGCUUGUGGCCUUGGUACUUUAGCUACUUCGAUGUGAUAGCUAAGUCAUUUUUCACUCGGUUUUGAAAAGCUGCGCUUUGAGGCCUCAUUGCUGCUAGGACGAUACACAUCGGGGUAGCGAGUCGAGAGCUUCUUCCUAAUAGCAGAUAGGUCCUGGUAGCAGUAACUAGUGAGGAUAAUAGCGGUAAAAAUCCAAUGACAGACAUUAUGG